CAGAGUGUGACAAGACUUUUUACUUUAAAAGAAAAUAAAGAAAAGCACUCAGGAUGGAAUUUGGAAACUUGACCCCCUCGCCAAGUGCUACUACUAAAUGAAACAUUAAAAAGAGGGGACAAUCCAAGAAAAAAAAUUGAGAAUGAGCCCAAAUAUUUGUUGUCUUUGUAAACUAUUCAGAGAAGAUGAAAAUGAGAUCACAUCUAAAGUGUCAUUGGAAGAAGUGCUACAGUGGUCCCAAUCUUUUGAAAAGCUGAUGACUACUAAAUAUGGACCUAUAAUCUACAAGACCUACCUGAAGACAGAAUACAGUGAUGAGAACAUUGAAUUCUGGCUUGCAUGUGAAACUUACAAGAAGAUUGAAUCUCGGAGGAAAAGGAUUUCUGUAGCCAAGAGAAUUUUUAAAAAUUACAUUCAGCCCCAGGCGCCUAAAGAGAUUAACAUUGAUAGUCCUGCAAGGGAAGCUAUUAUCAGGAAUAUUCAAGAACCAACUCAGUCCUGUUUUGAUGAAGCUCAGAGAAUAGCUUACAUGCACAUGGAAAGGGAUUCAUAUCCCAGGUUUCUUGGAUCAGAAAUCUAUCAGAAACUCAAACACAGGCCUCCAGACUGACAGAAAUGACUCAAUACAUUAGAGA